AUGGAACUUCUGACUCAAGUUUCUACUGGCGACCCUGUUUCCGCGAUACAGAGAAUGAACAACCGCUACCACAACAGAUUCAAAGAAUUUUGCGAGCUAGACGGUAAAGUUCGAGCCUCCCCAUCAAUCGCCACUAUGCAUCGCUUCAGAGAGCAAAUACCUCUCGCCUCCAGGUCGCAGAUUGAAGAAUUCGUAUCAAAUUCGAAUCGUCUUACGAUCGGAACUGACGGGACAACAGCCAAGGCCAAUAUUGAUAUUAUCAAUAUUACGCUCAUCAAUGAACGAAAGGAGCAGAUUCUUUACGAUAUUCUGAUCGGCCAGGGAAAGGACGGUGAGAAUACUUCACAAGCCAUCAUCGCCAGCAUCGAACAAGAAAAGAACACCGGACAUGCGAUCUGGUCGAAGGCGGACACGAUUCUAUCAGAUACGUUCACCGGCCAGCUCAACGCGAACAGUCGUCUUGUUGACUACAUCAAAGUCCAGAAAGAAGAUCCAAAUGCAAUCGUCGAAGUCCUCUGGCUGGUGGACGAAUUGAUGGCCCGAGGUGAAUCGAGAGAAAAAUUUCCAUUCACAACUGAUCUUGGAAGCAGAAUGGGGACAGGUCGACAAAAUGCGCAAAAUCUUCUGCUUCAUUACGACGCUGUCAUGUCAUCCCUUGAGAAAAACAAGGAGAAAAACACACGCGCCAAGAACCUUUGUGAACUACUCGGCCAAGAAGGAGCAAUGCUGGAAAUCGCGGUACCUGUCUUCAUCUGGUCGACUUUCUGUGGUCCGAUAAUAAGAAAAGCAGAAGAGGAAGAUUCAAGAAUCGAAGAUGUCAUCAGCACCAUGGAAGGCUGCGCGCAGGAAGUCAAGCAGAUUCUUUCAUCGGAAAAUCCCUUUGACGAUCUUUACCGACUUGCGAGUGGAAAAUCCAGGGACUAUUACAGAAAGCAAGACGUUCAUGUGAAUGCUCCAAGAAGCCCGACCAUUCGAAAGGCCGUUGACGAUGCUGCCAGAGCCUUAGUCAAGAAAAUUGAGUACAAGAUUGACAAAGACCUCAAUCACUACAAGUCGCUGACAGUUCGUGGCCACUAUGUCUGCGUCAACAGAUUUGCUGAGUCUGUUUUUGGAAUCUUCAAGAAGGCUGAACUAGACAAGGCUUCAGCCACAACUGAAACAGUGAUUCAGCUAACGAUCGCCAGAAAGAGCAACCUCGAAUUCUACUUGGAUAACUUGACCGACUCCGAGAUGAAAUCACUUUGCCAGAAAAUUGAUGGAAAGAAAGCUCUUCAAAACAACCGUUUGGCAAGAAUCGCAACUCAGCUCAAGCUACAAGAAUUCGCCGCAAAGCGCCGAGAAUCGAUUGAAAAGGAAAAAGCUGAAAAACAACUGAAAAAGGAAUUGAAGAAGGAGAACAAAACGCCUCUCAGACCUGCAAAUUCAACACUCUCGCGACCACAAACUGACGAUACGAAACUGAUAUAUUCUGUUACAGCAAUUAACUACUUCUUUAGAUGCGCACCUAGGAAAACGCCGUCGAAGCAGCCAUUUUUUCAAGUUUGGCGACUUUGA